AUGAGUAAGGAGCCCGAAGAUGGGUACAAAGUACCGGAAGUAACAGAUGUGGAGAUGCCGCCUAAAUUAUUGGAAGAAAUAGAACGACUGAAGAAGAUAACAGAGCAGGGAGUUACGACUAACCAGAACCUGGAGGAAUCACUUGAAUUCAAGAAUCCAUACCUUUUAGAGAAAAUUAUGGCCGUUUUUGACAUCAAAGGGUACUGCUCAAACUACAGCAAGGAAGUGUAUGAUCCUGGAGUAUAUGAGGCCCUUUCAAAUGAAUCGCUGGACGAAAAAGUAAGACCUAAAGAGCGAAGAAGGCAUCGCACCGGCUGGACUGAUGUAGAUAAAUAACACAACAGCCUAACAUUUAGAUUUAAUAAAAUAACCCCUAG